GUAAUAGCCGACUAAGCUGUGUAUGAUGAAACGCAAAUCGCUUAGUAGUACUAGAGGCAAAUCUUACUUUACAUGAUAAGCAAAUGCCAAUAACAAAAAGAAUAGCAACUAAAUGGAGAGAUUCGGCAAGUUUAAUUAUUUUGGCGAAGAAUGGAAACACAAAAGAUUUUGGUUGCGAUUACCGAGUGUUAUUAUUUAAUCGUGCUGAAAAGUCAACAUUCUAUCCUAACUCUGCCGUUUUUCCUGGAGGAGUACAUGAAAAAGGUGACGCUUCACCAUUGUGGCUCAGUUAUAUCAAAAGCUUUGGCCAAAAAACAAACCUAAAUUUAUUUCAAUGUAAUUCACCGCGGCCUGCUAUAUUUACUAAUCAACUGAAUGGUCAAAUUCAAAGAGAGUUUUCAUUGCGUAUAACUGCUGUACGAGAAACAUUUGAGGAGACUGGAAUACUUCUUUGUAAAAAACAUUUUUCUGGUGUAAAGGAAUUGUCCAAUAAUUAUAGCCACAGUUUUGAAGACUUUGACCGACCAUUUUGGCAGCAUCUAGUACAUAAGGACCAUACCCAGUUUUUUACACUCUGUAAGGUCUUAGAAGUGAUCCCAGAUUUAUGGUCGUUAUUUGAAUGGACAGCAUGGCUCACACCAGCAACAUUUAAAAAGAGAUUUGAAACUGGUUUUUACUUAGUGGCGAUGGAGAAUAUACCAGAUGUGAUCCUGGAAAGUAAUGAAGCUGCCAGUUUUUCGUGGAAAACGCCAAAAGAGUUCAUUAAGGAUUACUUUGACCAAAAGCUGUAUCUUCCUCCACCACAGUUAUAUGAAUUAUCAAGGUUACUGAAUUUCCCACGCUUAGAUGAAUUAAUAAAUUUUGCUCGUGUUCGCUCUUCAAAGGGUGUUACCCUAAUGCUUCCUGUUAUUAAGAAAUGUGCCGAUGGUACUGUGAGCUUAAUGCCAGGCGAUGACCUAUACAACAGUAAUACAGAUGAAACAAACCAAAAAAAUACUGAAACAAUCACAAUUGAACAGUAUCGGUCAGAAGUUAAGAAUUUGCAUCGCAUAGAAUAUUUCAAUAAUGGACGUUUUUUUAUACAACUCAAUUGUUCACUGACUGAUGGACAUCUGCCACCAGUAAUUUAUAAUAUAUAAUUGAUAGAUAUAAAUAUGGUUGGAGAGAAAGUCAA